AUUAUUAGAAAUCUCUAGUCCUUUCAUUCCCUGUGAAGUGGAAGGGGCCUUCAAGAACAGAGGACUCGGGCUCAGAAUGCUGAAAUGAAUUUCUCAAGAUAAUCACUCCAUUCAGAAGACUAAUGCUGUGUGCUGAGAACAGGAAGGAGAUGGAGGAUUGGAUGAGCUCACUGAAGUCUGUACAGACCAGAGAACCUUACGAGGUGGCCCAGUUUAACGUGGAACAUUUCUCAGGGAUGCAUAACUGGUACGCCUGCUCCCAUGCACGACCCACUUUCUGUAACGUGUGCAGAGAGAGUCUUUCUGGAGUCACCUCCCAUGGCCUGUCCUGUGAAGUGUGUAAAUUCAAGGCUCACAAAAGAUGUGCAGUGAGGGCAACAAAUAAUUGCAAAUGGACGACUCUGGCCUCCAUCGGGAAGGACAUCAUAGAGGAUGAAGAUGGAGUAGCUAUGCCCCACCAAUGGCUCGAGGGUAACCUGCCUGUCAGUGCCAAAUGCGCCGUGUGUGACAGAACAUGUGGGAGUGUCCUGCGCCUACAAGAUUGGAAAUGCCUUUGGUGUAAAACAAUGGUACACACUGCCUGCAAAGAUUUAUACCAUCCUGUGUGUCCCCUUGGCCAAUGUAAAGUGUCCAUCAUACCUCCAAUUGCACUGAAUAGCACUGAUUCUGAUGGUUUCUGUAGAGCGACCUUUUCAUUCUGUGUUAGUCCUCUGUUGGUUUUUGUCAAUUCUAAGAGUGGAGAUAAUCAGGGAGUAAAGUUCCUUCGUCGAUUUAAACAGUUGCUAAAUCCGGCUCAGGUGUUUGAUUUAAUGAACGGAGGUCCUCAUUUAGGUUUAAGAUUAUUCCAAAAGUUCGACAACUUCCGAAUUCUUGUUUGUGGAGGAGAUGGAAGUGUGGGUUGGGUUUUGUCAGAAAUCGAUAAGCUCAACUUGAAUAAACAGUGUCAGCUGGGCGUAUUGCCUUUGGGUACAGGAAAUGACCUUGCCCGGGUUCUAGGCUGGGGCGGUUCCUAUGAUGAUGACACCCAACUUCCUCAGAUACUAGAGAAGCUGGAACGAGCCAGUACCAAAAUGCUAGACAGGUGGAGCAUAAUGACCUAUGAACUCAAAUUACCACCAAAGGCUUCUCUACUUCCAGAACCUCCAGAAACACCGGAAGAAUUUUAUAUGACAAUUUAUGAGGACUCCGUCGCAGCUCAUCUUACAAAAAUCCUCAAUUCUGAUGAACAUGCAGUGGUCAUAUCAUCUGCCAAGAUACUCUGUGAAACUGUAAAGGACUUUGUUGCCAAAGUAGAGAAGGCCUAUGAAAAAACGUUGGAAAACGCCGUUGCAGCCGACGCCGUGGCCAGUAAAUGUUCAGUCCUAAAUGAAAAGCUUGAACAACUGCUUCAAGCUCUGCACACGGAUUCCCAGGCUGCCCCCGUUCUCCCAGGCAUCCACUCUCUCAUUGUAGAAGAAGAUACCGUGGAAUCUUCCAGUGAAGAAUCCUUGUGUGAAAGCAAAGAACAGCUCGUGGAUAACCCCGCAAAACCUCCCUCCCAGAAAGCUGUCAAACCAAAGGAAAUAAUGUUGCGGGCAAACAGUUUAAAGAAAGCAGUGAGACAAGUCAUUGAAGAAGCCGGCAAAGUUAUGGAUGACCAGAGUGUUCAUCCCUGUGAACCAGUUAACCAGUCAUUCGAUAAUGAUAGUACAGAAACAGAUGAAUCUAAAGAAGAAUCUAAAGACGAUGAUGCAAAAGAGUCAUUAACUGUUAAAACUGCACCUGCACCUCGGUCUCCAGAUGGCCGGGCAAGUCGUUCCCAAACUGACUCUGGCUCUGGUCCAGCUGUGGCAGCCAGCAAAGAAAACCUCCCUGUGCUCAACACCAGAAUAAUCUGCCCAGGUUUAAGAGCAGGAUUAGCUGCCUCAAUUGCUGGGAGUUCUAUAAUCAACAAAAUGUUACUAGCAAAUAUUGAUCCUUUUGGUGCAACGCCAUUUAUUGACCCAGAUCCAGAUUCAGUAGAUGGAUAUUCAGAAAAAUGUGUCAUGAACAAUUACUUUGGGAUUGGAUUAGAUGCAAAAAUUUCAUUAGAAUUUAAUAACAAGAGAGAGGAGCACCCUGAAAAAUGCAGGAGCCGAACUAAAAACUUGAUGUGGUAUGGAGUCCUUGGAACCCGGGAGUUAUUACAGAGAUCGUAUAAGAAUUUAGAACAGAGGGUUCAACUUGAGUGUGAUGGGCAGUAUAUUCCUCUCCCCAGUCUGCAAGGAAUAGCAGUGUUGAACAUUCCCAGCUAUGCGGGAGGCACUAACUUUUGGGGCGGAACUAAAGAGGAUGAUAUAUUUGCUGCACCAUCAUUUGAUGACAAGAUCCUGGAAGUUGUUGCAAUAUUUGAUAGCAUGCAAAUGGCAGUUUCAAGGGUCAUUAAACUGCAGCAUCAUCGAAUAGCCCAGUGCCGUACGGUAAAAAUCACUAUAUUUGGCGAUGAGGGAGUCCCAGUGCAGGUGGAUGGUGAAGCAUGGGUUCAGCCUCCAGGAAUUAUCAAAAUUGUGCACAAAAACAGAGCUCAGAUGCUAACAAGGGACAGGGCUUUUGAAAGCACUCUGAAAUCUUGGGAAGAUAAACAGAAGUGUGAUUCUGGUAAACCAGUUCUUCGAACCCAUUUGUACAUCCAGCAUGCUGUUGACUUGGCAACAGAAGAGGUGUCCCAAAUGCAGUUAUGCUCCCAGGCUGCAGAGGAGCUCAUUACUAGGAUCUGUGAUGCAGCCACGAUCCAUUGUCUCUUGGAGCAAGAACUGGCCCAUGCUGUGAAUGCAUGCUCCCACGCACUGAAUAAAGCCAACCCACGCUUCCCAGAGAGUCUUACGAGAGACACUGCCACUGAAAUAGCCAUCAAUGUGAAGGCACUAUAUAAUGAAACAGAAUCUUUACUAGUGGGCAGGGUUCCUUUGCAGCAAUUAGAAUCCCCGCACGAGGAACGUGUAUCUAAUGCCUUACAUUCUGUGGAGGUGGAGCUGCAGAAGUUAACGGAGAUCCCUUGGCUUUAUUAUAUCUUACACCCAAACGAAGAUGCGGAGCCCCCCAUGGAUUGCACCAAGAGAAACAGCAGAAGCACAGUCUUUCGUAUCGUGCCAAAAUUUAAAAAGGAAAAGGUUCAGAAGCAGAAGACAAGUUCACAGCCUGUUCAAAAAUGGGGCACAGAGGAAGUUGCUGCUUGGCUGGAUCUGCUCAAUUUGGGAGAGUACAAAGAAAUCUUCAUCCGUCAUGACAUCAGAGGGGCUGAACUUUUGCAUCUGGAAAGGCGAGAUCUUAAGGACCUGGGGAUAACGAAAGUGGGUCAUAUGAAGCGAAUUCUCCAGGGAAUUAAAGAGCUUGGAAGGAGCACUCCCCAGUCUGAGGUGUAAUCAUGCUGGUGCUAUUCCUUGGAAGGGAAGUAAUUGCUACUUAAUCAAAGCUCUUAGAAGCAAUUGUCUGUUUCUGUCCUUUUCUGCCUAGAAAAGCAAGCACCAGGGAAGCACCUCUAUGGCUUGAUAUUUUGCUGUGGGUGAAAAUUUUCAUUUGAGGUAUUAGAAAAUAUUUUUGUGCCAAAUAAUACAUUCCACAAAGCCAUUUUCUUAUUGUGCAAACUUGACGUGUUCAAAUAUGCUCAUAUUAGUAAGAAGGUAGGAAGAAUCCGAGACAAUUGCAUUGUCUGAAAGGUGGAAACGUUUACUUACGUUUGACUUUCCUUAAACCUGGUCAGAUGGAAUGUUCUUACUACGUGACUGCAUAACAAUAUGUGGCUAAAACUUCUUAGGUUUCAUUAUUGGAGGCAUUGGCUUCUUCCUUAAAAUCAUUGGUUAGGAGACUAAGAUAUAAAUUAGGUUGUGUUUUGAAUGUUAGAUUGGGUGUCACCUCAGAUUCCUAGCAUUCAGUGGUCAUAGAAAAUGGUUGAAACCCCUCAAAUAUUAUGAAUGAAUGCAAAUCUUAAUGCACGA